AUUAACCCUAAUCCCUAAUUCCUUUUUCCAUUUUAUCUGCUUCCCUCUCUCUCCGUCGGCGCCUCUCUGCCCCCGCUUCCCUUCCCAUAAUUCCCAAUCGCUCUCCCCCACUUCACUGACGACUACCGGCAGCCCAGUCGGCACCGGCGACGUCUCCUUUCUCUCCCCAGCGACGAUAGAUCUUCUCCCUCCCCAGUCAGCGAUAUUUCCUUCUCUCUUUCCAGUCGGCGACAUCUCCCACUUCCGAGUCAACGCUUCUCUCCCCCACUUCACUGACGAAUGCCGGUAGCCCAGUCGGCACCGGCGACCAGUCGACGAUAAAUCUUCUCUCUCCCCAGUCAGCGAUAUCUCCUUCUCUCUUCAGUGUGGCGACAUCUCCCACUUCCCAGCCGGAGGCAACUCUUCCCUCUCCCCCGUCGGCAUCGGCGACAUCUCCUUCUCUCUCCCCAGUCGGUGACAUCUACUCUUUCCAAUUGACGCUUCUCUCCCCCACUUCCCCGACGACUGCCGGAGACACGUCGGCGACAUCUCCUUUGACUGGAACUCUCUUCAGGCUUUGAAGGAAACCAAACUAGCAGCGGCGGGUGUCUGAAGCGAUGGACGGUGAAUCGCCGAAUCCGAAUAGAGCGUUAACGGAAACGCGCUUCUCCGAUCUAAAACCGCCACUCUCAGAGCCAGUUCUCGAAGCUCUAACAUUAACAGGUUUCGAGUAUUGCACGCCGGUCCAAGCAGCCACGAUUCCACUACUUUGCAGCUACAAGGAUGUUGCAGUCGACGCUGCAACCGGCUCUGGAAAAACCCUCGCUUUCGUAGUCCCACUUGUCGAGAUUCUCCGUCGAGCCUCCGCUUCUCACAAAUCCCACCAGGUGAUGGGGAUAAUUCUCUCUCCUACUAGGGAGUUGUCAUCACAAAUAUAUAACGUUGCUCAGCCUUUCAUUGCAACUUUGUCGAAUGUUAAGUCGAUUCUUCUUGUUGGCGGAGGAGAUGUGAAAGCUGAUGUGAAGAAAAUAGAGGAGGAAGGAGCUAAUAUAUUGAUUGGAACGCCUGGAAGACUUUAUGACAUCAUGGAACGUGUGGAUUUCUUGGACUUUCGAAACCUGGAGGUUUUAAUCUUGGAUGAGGCUGAUCGACUCUUGGAUAUGGGAUUCCAAAAGCAGAUAAAUUCCAUUAUGGCUCACUUACCCAAGCUUCGCAGGACUGGUCUUUUUUCAGCUACUCAAACUGAGGCAGUUGAAGAGUUAUCCAAAGCUGGACUAAGGAAUCCUGUGAGGGUUGAAGUUCGAGCAGAAACAAAAUCAUUGACUGACUCUGCAUCUUCACAUUCAAAAACACCUUCAGGCCUUCAACUUGAGUAUUUAGAAUGCGAAGAAGAUAAUAAAUCGUCUCAGCUUGUUGAUCUCCUUAUUAAGAACAAGUCAAAGAAGAUCAUAGUAUAUUUUAUGACGUGUGCAUGUGUUGAUUAUUGGGGAGUUGUUCUUCCACGUCUUACUGCUUUAAAGGGCUUCUCACUGAUUCCCCUUCAUGGGAAGAUGAAGCAGACUGCAAGAGAGAAAGCAUUGGCUUCAUUUACAUCUCUCACAAAUGGCAUUCUUCUAUGUACGGAUGUUGCAGCACGUGGACUUGAUAUUCCAGGCGUUGAUUGUAUAGUGCAGUAUGAUCCUCCUCAGGAUCCAAAUGUUUUCAUUCACAGAGUUGGCCGAACUGCUCGGUUGGGUAGACAAGGAAGUGCAAUCGUUUUCCUUUUGCCAAAGGAGGAAGCUUAUGUUGAAUUUCUGCAUAUAAGAAGGGUUCCUCUUCAAAAGAAGGAAAAAUCAGAUCAUGCUCCUGAUGUUGUUCCUCAGAUACGAUCUGCUGCCAAGAAGGACCGAGAUGUCAUGGAGAAGGGACUGAGAGCAUUUGUUUCAUUUAUCCGUGCAUAUAAAGAGCAUCAUUGUUCGUACAUUUUCAGAUGGAAAGAACUUGAAAUUGGGAAAUUGGGCAUGGGAUUUGGCUUAUUGCAGCUCCCUUCAAUGCCUGAGGUAAAGCACCACUCACUUUCAACCGUCGGUUUUACUCCAGUUGAGGACAUCAAAUUGGAGGACAUCAAGUACAAGGAUAAAUCUCGGGAGAAACAAAGGAAGAAGAAUUUGCAAGCGAAGAAAGAAGCACAACAGCAAGAAGCAAAACCUCAGAAGCCCAAGAAGAACCCCAAUGACGCUGCCCCUACUGUUAUGAGGAAGAAAACCGCUAAGCAGAGACGAGCUGCGCAGACGGUUGAAGAUGAAGAUGAAUUGGCGCGGGAGUAUCGAUUACUGAAGAAGCUAAAGAAGGGGACCAUCGAUGAAAGUGAAUAUGCAAAGUUAACAGGAACUGAAGAAUUACUAUAAAAUGCAUGAUCUGCAAAUGGCUAGUUUUUGAACUGGAACCUUGCAUUAAAGCUUACAAAAGCAAAAGGGGAAGUUAAAACUUCUGCAGGUGGAACUCAUCUGGAGAUUUUGUUGAAGGCUAGAUUGGCACAACAGAUUGGAGUUGUAGAUUUUGUUUCCAUGUUAUUUAUAUCUUAGAUCAAAUUUUCAUGCAUUGUAUAGUGUAUGGAUCUCACCAUUGAUUAGAGUUGAAAAUUCAAUAUUGGAAGAACACAAAAGAUCAAAGAUUCAAUAUAGUGUGCUGAGCUCACUACCUAUAAGCUUAUACUUUUAAA